GGUUGAGCCUGCCUGGGCUGAGCUGAGCCGGACCGUGCUGAACUGAGCCGAGCCCUGCCGAGCAGAGCCGAAGUGAGCUGAGCCGGAUCGGGCUGAGCUGAGCCAGUCUUUGCCGUGCCGGGUAGUGUCGUGCAGAGCCGACCCGAGCCAAGCCGGGCAGAGCCGGGGCAGGAUGCUGCGGUACCUGCUGAAGACGCUGCUGCAGAUGAACCUGUUCGCCGACUCGCUGGGAGCCGAAGGCUCCAACUCCUCGCUCCUGCUCGGCAUCAACCGCUCCAUCGCCGCGCUGCACCUGCCCGAUCUCGCCCCCGGUAACGGAUCCCACAGCCAGCUGGAGGACACGGCUCCCCGUAUCGUGGAGCACCCCACGGAUGUGCUGGCGUCCAAGGGGGAGCCGGCCACGCUGAGCUGCAAGGCCGAGGGGCGCCCGGCCCCGGUGGUGGAGUGGUACAAGGACGGGGAGAGGGUGGAGACGGACCGGGAGGAUCCCCGCUCCCACCGCACGCUCCUCCCGGGAGGAUCCCUCUUCUUCCUCCGGAUCCUGCACGGCAGGCGGGGAAAGCCCGACGAGGGGGUUUAUGUCUGCGUGGCCAGGAAUUACCUGGGGGAGGCCACCAGCAGGAAUGCUUCCCUGGAGGUGGCCGUGCUGCGGGACGAUUUCCGGCAGCCGCCCGGGGACGUGGUGGUGGCCGCGGGAGAACCGGCCGUGCUGGAGUGCGUCCCGCCCCGCGGGCACCCCGAGCCCAGCGUCUCCUGGAAGAAAAACGGAGUCCGGGUCAGCGACAAGGACGAGCGGCUGACGAUCCGUGGUGGGAAGCUGAUGGUGGCCAGUACUCACAAGAGCGAUGCUGGCGUCUAUGUCUGUGUGGCCACCAACGUGGUGGGCGAGAGGGACAGCGAGCCCGCCGAGCUAGUCGUCUUCGAGCGCCCAGCAUUUGGCAAGAGGCCCCACAACCAGGUGGUGCUGGUGGAGGGGACGGCGGAGUUUGCCUGCGAGGCGGUGGGGGAUCCGCAGCCGGCGGCGCGCUGGCGCAAGGAGGAGGGUGAAAUGCCACUGGGAAGGUGGGAGGUGCUGCCAGACAACACCCUGCGGAUCAGCCGGCUGCAGGUGGAGGAUGAGGGCACCUACACCUGCGUGGCUGAUAACAGCGUGGGCAGGUCGGAGGCAUCGGGCACCCUCACUGUGCACGUGCCCCCCCAGCUUGUCACCGGGCCCCACGACCAAGCUGUCACCCCUGGCCAGAGCGUGACUUUCCAGUGCCAGAGCAAGGGCAACCCGCCACCUGCUGUCUUUUGGCAGAAGGAGGGGAGCCAGACCCUGCUGUUCCCGGGCCAGCCCCCAGUCCCUUCUGGCCGUGUUUGGGUGAGCCCCAGUGGUGCUUUGACCAUCGUCAACGUCCGGCCCAGUGACGCUGGCCACUACCUGUGCCAGGCUAUCAGCGUGGCCGGCAGUGCCAUGGCCAGGGCAGGCCUGGAGGUGACAGGGGCACCCACUGAACUCCACCCAGCGGUGAUCAGCCUGCUCCCCACUAACCACACAGUGCUGCCAGGGGGGGCCACGGUGCGGCUGCCUUGUGGGGCGGGGGCCCAUGACCCCCCAGGCAGCGUGGGGUGGCUGAAGGAUGGCAGUGCCCUGGUAGGUGUCCAGCCCCGCGCCAGCCUGCUGGAGAACGGCACCCUGCAGAUCACCGGCCUCCGGGUGAGAGACUCCGGGCUCUAUGAGUGUGUGGCCACCAGCCCAGCAGGCGAGACACGCUGGGGCAUCUCCUUGGAGGUACAAGGUGAUGAAUCCAACCUCUCCCUGCCUUCCCCUGCACCCGGUCUCCUCCCUGGGCCACCCUCCACCCCUGUGGUCACCAAUGUUACCAAAAGCAGUGUAACCCUGAGCUGGAAAGGGAACGAGGACAGUGGUGCCACCGAUGUCACCUCUUACAUAGUGGAGGCUUUCAGCCAGGCGGCGGGUGGCCCGUGGCAGACAGUGGCAGCCGAUGUGGAGGGUGAGACCCACACAGUGACCGGCCUUGUCCCUGACACUGUCUACCUGUUCUUGGUGCGGGCGGUCAACGCCCACGGGCUCAGCGACCCCAGCGGCGCCUCGGAGCCUGUGCGCACCCGAGCAGACACCAACCCCAUGCAGCAAGGGCUGGAUCCUGAGCAGGUGCAGCAGGAGCUGGCACGAGUGGCUGUGCACCUGAAGGAGCCUGUGGUGCUGCCACUGGGCACUGUCCAUCUCUCCUGGACCGUGGAGCACCAGGCACCCUUCCUCCAGGGCUACCGGGUGCUGUACCGGCAGCGCGGCGGGCGCUGGGAGGAGGCACGGGCGGUGUGGGCGCCGGGGGAGCGGGGGGCCCUGCUCACCGAGCUGCGCCGGGGCCACGACUACGAGGUCAAGGUCCGACCCUAUUUUCAUCACCUCCAUGGUCCCGACAGCGCGGUGCGAGCUCUGCGCACCCCUGAGGCGGCCCCCAGCGCCCCGCCGCGAGCUGUCAGUGUGGCUGGGAAUGGCACCAGUGUCCGCAUCUCAUGGCAGCCACCACCUCUGGCAGAGCAGAAUGGUGUCAUCCGUGAUUACCGGAUUUGGUGCUUGGGCAAUGAGAGCCGCUUCCACAUCAACCAGAGCGUGGAGGGGACGGUGCUGGCCACAGUGCUGCAGGGACUAGUCCCCGGGGUCCCUUACCGCGCUGAAGUUGCUGCUGCCACCAGUGCUGGUGUGGGUGCCCGCAGUGCCCCUGUCGCCAUCCACAUCGCCCCCCUUGUGGAGAGAGAUGCGGCGCCAGCCGGCGGGAGCAGCUUGGCUGAGCAGUUAGCAGAGGUAGCCAGGCAGCCAGCCUUCAUUGCCGGUGUUGGCGGUGCUUGCUGGGUCAUCCUCGCUGCCUUUGCUGCUUGGCUCUACAGCCGCCGCCGGAGGAAGAAGGAGCUCAGCCACUUCACUGCAUCCUUUGCCUACACACCCACCGGUAAGCCCGUAAGUGCUGCGGGGUCCCAGUUCGGCCUCUCGCUGCCCUCACCCCCAUCUCUUUCCACAGUCUCCUUCCCUGCUCCAGUGCGCAGCAACCCCAGGGCAGCUGCCGGCACUGCUUACCCGUGGCUGGUGGAUGCGUGGCAGGGUGGCAGCACAGCCAGUGCUGCCGGUUGCCCCCCCUGGCUGGUGGAUGCGUGGCAUGGUGGCAGCACAGCCAGUGCUGCCGGUUGCUUGGGGUCCACUGAGAGAUACUACAACGAUGCCGGCAUCACCCGUUACAUCGCCCAGACGGAACAGUUUGGAGCGGGGGCUGGCGAGGGGCCGGUUUACAGCACCAUCGAGGUUGACAGUGAGGAGCUCUGCACAUUCCCCCGUCCCUUCUCACAGUACGGCACCUCCUACCCUGGGGGCGCAAAGCUGGGGCAAGCAGUGAAACCGCCGGCAGUGAGCUGGACAGAGCUGCUGCCCCCGCCACCCUCAGCCAGUGAGCUCAGCCAGUGUGCCCAGGAGGAGGAGAGGGAGGAGGAAGAGGAGGAUGAAGAGGAAGAGGCAGCCAGAGGGUUGGGGAUGGAGGUGUGGUACCCUGGUGAGGAUAUCCCCUGUGCCACUGCCGCAUCCUCACCCACCACGUCCUCCGGCUGCCGUUCCACCGCCACGCUGACACCGUCACCUCGCACCACGGAGGACAUCCCGCGCCUCCGCGACCUCGAUAGCUCCCUCCUGCCCCGGAGACCCCCCCACGGCGUCAGCACCCCCCCGCAGGCACCCAGUCCCUCGGUGACUCCGGACCCCAGCGAAGGCCACACGUCCCGAGCCCGCUGCCCCCCUGGCACAGGUGAGCCCUGA